UUCCUCUCUGGUUCGGGUUUUUAGUUACGAUGCGACGCCCUCACUGGAUCAUGCACCUGUUGUUGUCCGCUCACUUCGAUAACGUAAAACGCGGAAAAUACGAGUGAAAAGUUUUUCCAAGGGUCUUUUCCGUUUCGUUUUUUGGUUUAAUUCCGGGAAAUUUUGAACAUUUUUACAUUUGGUGCUCAAACGGAAGCUUCAUGAGAUCUGUUUACACUGGAACAGUGUACUGAAAUAAUGGUAUGGAUGGGGAAAACCGGAUUAUCCUAAACGUCGGAGGAAUCCGCUACGAAACUUACAAAGCCACUCUUAAGAAAAUCCCCGCGACCAGAUUAUCCAGGCUGACGGAAGCUUUGGCCAACUACGAUCCGGUUCUGAACGAGUACUUUUUCGAUAGACAUCCGGGAGUAUUUGCUCAGAUUUUAAAUUAUUACAGGACCGGUAAAUUGCAUUAUCCGACGAACGUUUGCGGUCCAUUAUUUGAAGAGGAAUUGGAAUUUUGGGGAUUGGACUCUAAUCAAGUCGAGCCCUGCUGUUGGAGUACGUAUAGUGUACACAGGGAUACUCAAGCAACUUUGGCCAUCCUAGACAAGCUCGACAUAGACGCAGAACGUCCGAGCGAUGAGGAGGUGGCCAGGAUGUUCGGGUACGAAGAGGCGUACCAUGCCGGAACCCUCACGCGAUGGCAAAGGAUCAAACCGAAGAUCUGGGCCCUCUUUGACGAACCGUACUCCUCGUCCUCCGCCAAGGUACCGCCGCUCAAUGUGCAACAUCGAAAUGUAGUCGCCGGGGCUUCGGUGUUUUUUAUCUGCGUCUCCGUUUUCUCAUUCUGCCUGAAAACGCAUCCCGGAAUGCGGGUGAAGUGCGAAAACAAUAGAGAAACGAACUGCACCGAGCCUCAUCCCUAUUUUCUUACCGUCGAACAUUUUUGCAAUGCCUGGUUCACUUUUGAGCUCUCUGUACGUUUAAUUGUCUCCCCCAACGUAAUCGAAUUCAUCAAAUCGCCCGUAAAUAUAAUAGAUUUCGCCGCAACCUUAAGCUUUUACAUCGAUAUGAUCUUGAUUUUCGAGAAGAAAUCCCAAAUAUUGGACUUUUUUAGCAUCAUUAGGAUAUUUAGACUAUUUAAGCUCACCAGGCACUCUCCAGGAUUAAAAAUCCUCAUCCACACGUUUAAAGCUUCGGCAAAAGAGUUGGCUCUGUUGGUGUUUUUUCUCGUUUUGGGCAUCGUGGUGUUUGCCAGUUUGGUUUAUUAUGCAGAAAAACUAGAGGACAACGUAGAUAACAGCUUCAAAAGUAUCCCAGAAGGCCUAUGGUGGGCCAUAGUAACAAUGACCACAGUGGGUUAUGGCGAUAUGGCCCCAAAAACUUAUGCUGGAAUGUUCGUGGGCGCCCUCUGCGCUUUAGCUGGGGUACUAACUAUAGCUUUGCCGGUGCCAGUGAUCGUUUCCAAUUUUUCUAUGUUUUAUUCUCACACCCAGGCCAGAGCAAAGCUGCCUAAGAGAAGAAGAAGAGUUUUGCCAGUAGAACAGCCCCGAAGGAAAAAGAUUGAAAGUGCUGGUAAUAGGAGGGUUAAUGCUAUAAAGCAUCAUCAUCCUGCUAUUAUUAAGGACGCCUUUGGUAACGGGAAGAUAGGUAACGCCAAUGGGAUUCCUGUGGUUCACUUAGGAACAGACACUCCCAGUAUAGCAGUUCUAUCUCAUAAUGGUCCCUUUAGCUUACAAAACCCCCAGGCCAUUUUGCAAGCAGGACCUUCGCCCAGUUUUGGAUUUCCUUCUGGCUCACCAUCCAGAAAUUCAGGAUUGGGAAGUGCCGAAACGCUUACUUUACAACCCAAGUUUCUUCCAGGUUUCUAUCGUGAAACUUCUUCAGAACCAAGAGACGUAGUUUCCUCCUUAGGCCCGAGCCCAUCGGCAAGAAAACUCUCAUUUUCCAGUAGAAUUUAUCCGGUGGCCGACUCUGGAAUACGGGAAAAUGAAAUAAAUCUAUCCAGCGUGUCCGCAUUGGCGAUCGGAAGUUCCGCAGAAGUGCUCGUUAGCAUAAUCGAAAAUCAAACGGGUCUUAGGAAAAACUCAUUUCUAUCAGCCACCUCGGUGAGUAGUGACGCUCAAUCCCCCUUAAGAUCCCCAAAAGGUGAAGAUAAAACCCUGAAAUCGCCAUGUAUAGAAGUAACUCCCUCAAGCCAAUUAACUCCCCAAGAAAAAGAGGAAGAUGAACUCGUAAGAGACGAUACGCUCGACGAGGAUAACAACAACUCGGCAUGUCGAUUGACCAAAUGUAGGACCCUAAGUCAGAACAGUAUUAUCGUAUAGAUUAUUGUAUUUUAUCUAUUUCAAUUUUUUUGUAAUUAAAUUAUCUUAAUAAAGUAA